AUGAACAGAAAAUCAACCGCAUCUUCAGGCAAUGCUGGUUCUGGCAGUGUCAAGUCAAAUGUGUUCAACGAACAGCAGAUGCGUAUCUUUGAUGAGGACGGCAAUGACUUAACACCCGUUCCUAUGAUUUUUGAGGACAAAAGGCUCAGGCAAAUGGAAAAAGAAAACACACUCGACCCGACGGUCCUGCAGGUUUCCUCUCUUUCUUACGUCGGUCAGGCAUUCUCACGGUCUCUGCAAAGCGUCUCCAACCCAUAUAGUGAAACUACUUCCGAGAUGACGGAUAGCCAUGCAACAAAACACGAGAGCGUGGCAGAUGAUCACUCGUUGAAGGAGGUGGAAGAAGAAAGUCCCGAGGAGAUUGACUUAGACGAGGAGAUCUACAUCACAGUGACGGAGAGUGAGACGCUUUGGCUCUUUGACCAACAGCCCUCCAUCAUGUCUCGAGACGACGAAUGGGUGGCCUAUCAAACACAACGGAACAACGACUACAAAGCCGUAAGAGCACACCCCGUGCUGUGUGCAUCGCGGAUGGGAAAUGAUCGGUAUGUUGAACGUGGGAUGAACACAAUGCCCAAGGCCACGAUAGUCAAAAUGAUGCAAACACUCCCCAUCGAAUUUGCUGACAAGACAGUCAACUCUACGGUUUGUGAUCUCUGGGAUGCUGCUCAACAACUGGCUGAAAAAACAGAAGAAGAUCCUCAAAUGUCACCUGAGAAGGAACUCUCAGCUCUAGUGGAGGCGGACGACAACAAACUAAAGAAGGCUGAUGUGCCUACGGCGAUUCCCCGCAGCUUGAUCGAUAAAAGCAAGCCACCUCAACUUACCACGGGACUAAUGGAAGGCGCCAACCCAUCCGCAUACUCUGGCAAUGUCAUGUCCACGGCUACGAUCGAAGCGGCGUCUGUUCGUAGCGUCUCAGGUGAAAACAGCACAGCGGGGCCUAAUUCCACCGAGCAUACAAAAUCUCCCGGAUUUGACAACCCGAAUCUGGUUCUUCUGAUGAAAAAUGUUGAGAAAGCCCUCAACUUAAACUGCUACUACGAAAAGUAUUUACAGUAUAAAUCCAUAAUUCUUCGCAGAUUAUUGGAGGAUUCUAGCGGCGCCUCGGACAAUUCCGAGUCGGAUACAAUCGCCAUGCUGUCGCAUUCUACGAGUAAGCCGAGUCGAAUCAGCGCGAUGCGCUUUGCAGCAAACGACGAAGGCGCCCAGCGUGUUUCAGAACGCCAGACGGUGCAUGUGCGCCAGUCCGCGAUCGCCGGUGAGGGCGUAGGCGGCCAGACGGCGGAGGCCCGCGACAAGUCGACACCGACUGGCGGCGCAGGCGCCGCCACCACCACGGAUGGGAGCAAAACCAGCGGCGGGAACACCGACGCGGAGGGCGGGGUGGCCCAGGCGCACGGCAGCGGGAAUCCCUCGAUCGUGGCCAAGAAGGCCAGCAACGGCAGCAAACCGGCGCCCGGCAGCCCUGUUAAUCUGCAAAUGAAAGUCGCCAGCACCGCCUACAUGCCGCCGGAUCUCUACCUCCUGUGGAAGUUUGGUUGCCAACUCACGAAGGGAAGAAACGUCACAUCAAUAGCAUUCAACCCCAAGAACAAGGACAUCUUGGCGGUGGGCUACGGCGCCUUCGAGUUCGACAGGCAGCACUCUGGUCUGGUGUGUUGUUGGAGUAUAAAGAAGAUCAACUACCCCGAGCGAUCCUUCAAGACACCCAGCGGUGUCACUGCGAUAGCCUGGUCCACUAGGAACGAAAACCUCUUGGCGGUGGGGACGUUUAGUGGAGUAAUCAUGGUCUUUGAUGCACGCAAGGGCAACAAAAUCCCCAUCAUUGAUACCACACAUGCCGCUGGACGCCAUUACGGACCGAUUUGCAAGCUGGAGUGGGUCUCCCGCGAGGCAGGGCGUUCCGCGGGCAACAUGGAGAGCCUCAUUUCACUUUCAAUGGACGGACGCGUCACUGAGUGGUUCACUCUUAAGGGUUUCGACUGUACCGACCUGAUGGUGCUGAAGCGGCCACGGAAAAAGCCCCCCAAUCCCAUCAUGAAGAAGAAGCACACCGAGCCUCUCAUUGUCCGCCACGCAGUUGGAACUGCCCUUUGCUUCACCGACGACGAACAAAACAUAUACUUUAUUGGCACAGAAGACGGGCAAAUCCACAAAUGCUCGUGCUCCUACAAUGAGCAAUACCUCGAAACUUACAACGGCCACACUGCCUCGGUGUAUGCAAUCAAGUGUUCGCCAUUCAUACCCGACGUCUUCCUCUCCUGUUCCGCCGACUGGACCAUUCGACUCUGGCACGCUGACCGGGAGAAGUCUUACCUAACAAUGGCAACCCAUUCAUCCGCUGUGAAUGACUUGGCAUGGUCCCACCAACACGGCGCCGUUUUCGCAUGUACCAAUGAAAGCUUUUUAGAAAUUUGGGACCUCGAACAUUCAACCCUCGACCCUGUGCAUGUUGAAACAGUGUGUGUCGACACGACCAUGUCCGUGGUCCUCUUCACAGAAGAAAGUGACGUAAGUCGGUAA